GGCAGCUUGCGCAGGCAGCUUCCCCAGAGCAAUUCGCACCACAACACCUCUCCCGCGCCUCCCCCGACCCGUCCCCCUCUGCUGCCGCCGUCGCCUGCACUGAGAGCACUCCCGGCACCCGUGAAGCUGCGGCUUCGUCCCCAAUCCCACCAUGUCUUCCACCCCGAGCAUGUUGACCAAGUUCGAGUCCAAGUCGUCGAGGGCCAAGGGCAUUGCCUUCCACCCCAAGAGGCCCUGGAUCCUCGUCUCGCUACACUCGUCCACCAUCCAGCUAUGGGACUACCGCAUGGGCACCCUGAUCGACCGCUUCGAAGAGCAUGACGGGCCGGUCCGCGGCGUCGACUUCCACAAGACGCAGCCAUUGUUCGUCUCUGGCGGCGACGACUACAAGAUCAAGGUCUGGUCCUACCAGACCCGACGAUGCUUGUUCACACUCAACGGCCACUUGGACUAUGUCCGCACCGUCUUCUUCCACCACGAGCUGCCGUGGAUAUUGAGCAGCUCCGACGACCAGACCAUCCGCAUCUGGAACUGGCAGAACCGCUCAUUGAUCUGCACCAUGACUGGCCACAACCACUACACCAUGUGCGCACAGUUCCACCCCAAAGAAGACCUCAUCGUCUCCGCCUCGCUCGACCAGUCCGUCCGUGUCUGGGACAUCUCCGGGCUGAGGAAGAAGCACUCCGCCCCGACGUCUAUGAACUUCGAAGACCAGAUGGCACGCACGAACCAGAAUCAGGCAGAUAUGUUUGGCAACACGGACGCUGUCGUCAAGUUUGUCCUGGAGGGCCACGACCGCGGCGUGAACUGGGUCGCGUUCCACCCCACACUCCCACUGAUCGUUUCUGCCGGUGAUGACCGCUUGGUGAAGCUGUGGAGGAUGUCAGAAACAAAGGCCUGGGAGGUGGAUACAUGUCGAGGACACUUCCAGAACGCAUCCGCGUGUCUAUUCCACCCUCAUCAGGAUCUGAUUCUCUCUGUGGGCGAAGACAAGACCAUCCGCGUGUGGGAUCUCAACAGGCGGACAUCCGUCCAGUCUUUCAAGAGGGAAAACGAUAGAUUUUGGGUGAUUGCGGCGCAUCCCGAGAUCAACCUUUUCGCGGCUGGACACGAUAAUGGAGUCAUGGUUUUCAAGCUGGAGCGCGAACGUCCUGCGUCCGCCGUCUACCAGAAUAAUCUUUUCUACAUCACCAAAGAGAAGCAUGUGCGAUCAUACGAUUUCCAGAAGAACAUCGAGUCGCCAUCGAUGCUUUCUCUGAAGAAGCUUGGAAGCGCAUGGGUGCCUCCACGGACUCUGUCCUACAACGCCGCCGAACGUUCGAUUCUCGUAACAUCUCCCGCCGACAGCGGUACCUAUGAGCUGAUAAGUCUCCCACGCGAUGCUUCAGGCGCCGUGGAGCCUACAGACACGAAGCGUGGCUCGGGUAACUCUGCAGUCUUCGUGGCCAGGAACAGAUUCGCAGUUUUCACACAGGCUAAUCAGCAGAUCGACAUCAAGGACCUCAGCAACUCUACUACAAAGACGAUCAAACCUCCGCAUGGUACCACCGACAUUUACUUUGGUGGUACUGGUAAUCUCCUUUUGAUCACCCCGACCUCCGUCGUUCUCUACGACAUUCAGGCCAAGAAGAAUCUCGCCGAGCUCUCCGUCAAUGGUGUUAAAUACGUAGUCUGGUCAACCGAUGGGCUACACGUAGCCCUUCUGAGCAAGCACAAUGUCACUAUCGCUUCGAAGAACCUUGAGCAAAUCAGUACUUUGCAUGAGACCAUCCGCAUCAAGAGCGCAACAUGGGACGAUACUGGCGUUCUUCUCUACUCCACCUUGAACCACGUCAAGUACAGCUUGAUGAACGGAGACAACGGCAUCGUCCGUACUCUGGAACAUACAGUGUACCUCGUUAGGGUUAAAGGACGUAAUAUAUACUGCCUGGAUCGAGCAGCGAAGCCCAAGAUACUACAGAUCGACCCCACGGAAUACCGGUUCAAGCUGGCUCUCGUCAAGCGGAACUACGACGAGAUGCUGAACAUCAUCAAGAAUUCAAGCCUUGUCGGUCAAAGCAUCAUUUCGUACCUGCAAAAGAAAGGUUAUCCUGAGAUCGCUCUCCAAUUCGUUCAGGAUCCCCAGACACGGUUUGAGCUUGCCAUCGAAUGCGGCAACCUUGAGGUAGCUGUGGAGAUGGCCAAACAACUCGAUCGCCCGAAGCUCUGGCAACGUCUCAGCAAUGAAGCGCUGGCACACGGUAACCAUCAAAUAGUAGAGAUGACCUACCAAAAGCUACGCAACUUUGACAAGCUUUCCUUCUUGUACCUGGCAACAGGCGAUCAAGACAAAUUGAAGCGUAUGGCUAAGAUUGCUGAGCAUCGUGGGGACAUGACUGCACGUUUCCAAAAUGCGCUCUACUUAGGCGACGUGCAAAACCGGAUCGACAUGUUCCAGGAGAUCGAUCUCUACCCGUUAGCCUAUGCCACAGCUAAAGCACAUGGUCUCGACGAGCAGGCUCAGUCCAUUAUGGAGGCAGCCGGUGUUACAGAAGACCAGAUCAGCGUUCCUUCCAUAGGCAACGCUCUCUCGCCAGCCAAACCCAUCGCACCGACCCACAAGGCGAACUGGCCAACUCGCGCGGCAUCAUCGACCGUAUUCGAGAAGGCUUUGCUUGGAGAAGAUGUUGGCGGUGAAGAACCAGCGGCUAAUGGUUAUGGGGAUGAAGACCUGCUUGGCGAGCCGGAAGCUCCAGGUGCUGCCGCUGAGCUUGGAGGCGGUGACGAGGAAGAUGAUGUAGGUGGUUGGGAUAUGGGUGACGACGGUGAUGUGGAAGCAGAAGAUGACUUUGUCGAAGUUGAGGGUGCUGAAGCAGGCGCGGGUAGCAGUGAAGCUGACAUCUGGGCACGCAACUCACCUUUGGCGGCAGACCAUGUCGCUGCAGGUUCGUUCGAAACCGCCAUGCAGCUCCUCAACAGGCAGAUUGGCGCUGUCAAUUUUGCUCCGCUUGAGGAGCGGUUCCAGGAGAUCUACCAGGCUACGCGAACAUUUUUGCCUGCGACACCCAACAUGCCCUCAAUCGUCAACUAUGUGCGGAGAACAGUCGAUGAGACAGACUCACGAAAGAUUCUGCCCAUCAUUCCGCGAGAUUUGGAGUCUGUCUUGGCAGCUGAUCUAACAACUGGAAAACAAUCACUGGUGAAGAACAAACUAGAGGAAGGCGUCGCCGCUUUCAAGAGGUUAUUACACCUCUUGAUCGUCAACGUUGUAGCUUCACAAGCAGAACUUUCUGAGGCUAAGAAGGCAAUCCACACCGCCGCCCAAUAUACGCUCGCAAUGUCUAUUGAACUCGAGCGCCGUGCACUGCUCGGCGGCGCUACCGAUGUCUCUGGCCUUUCGGAUGACAACAAGAAGCGUGUUCUUGAACUGUCUGCCUACUUCACCAUCCCCGAGCUAGAAGGCCCGCACAAGUCGAUUCCCCUCUCUGCCGCCAUGAACUUCGCCCACAAGAACAGACAACUCAACACGGCACUCAACUUUGCCAACGCCCUGCUCGACCGCACUGGCAACGCGAAGAUGAAGGAAUCGGCCAAGCGCGUCAAGACUGUUGCGGAGAGGAACCCUGCAGAUGGCAUUGAAAUCGACUUUGAUCAAUUUGCAGACUUUGAGAUUUGUGCAGCGAGUCAUACACCGAUCUACGGAGGCAGCCCCAGCGUGGCUUGUCCGUAUGAUGGGUCGAAGUAUCAUGGAAAGUACAAGGGAACUGUUUGCAAAGUUUGCGAGGUUUGCCAGCUUGGUGCGCCAGCGAGUGGGCUUAGACUUGUUGGUUGAGCGAGGUUUGAUGUUGAGAGGUACUUGAUAGCAUACAAGCCUAGACGGUUAGACAGUGUAUCGGGGCAUCUUGGUGCAACGGGCGGGUGUGUCGCGCAGCUGAGCCUGAAGGAGUAGGCAUGUGUCAUGAGAGGGGAUCAGAUUAGGCGGAGUGUGUACUCCGCUCCUGUAUCACAACAAAAUGCGAAACGAUAUCAUGUUCAG